AUUCUUUGAUUUUUGAUUUAAUCGAAGUGUCACUCUCCUUUCUCCCUUUCUGUAGUUGAUUUUGAGUCUUCGGAAGGAAGUUAGGGUUGGGAUUGAGAAUAAUUUUGAAUGUGUGUUCAAGGGUUUUUUUUUUUUUUUUUAAAGGGGUCCUGACUUCAUUCGUCCCCCUACUUCAUGCAGAAAUUAAGGAAAUGUCUUCAGAAGGAACUGUAAGUGUUGUAGGAAGUGAGGUAAUGCCUUUGGAGUAUGGUGGGAUGGACUCAGAGAGUAGUCCAUCCAGUUCGGAGAGGACGGUGGAAGGGGUGGGAGGAGGUGAGGUAGUUGGGGUUGGGGGGGAUAGUGUACCCAUAACUGUGGUAGAAGUAGAGGGUAGGAAAGGGAGGUGCUACGAUGUAGAUGCAGACAUCGUAGGUGAGGUAAAACAAUAUGAGUUCGAGCUCAAGACCAAGGAUAGCCUGGGGUAUUUGGUGGAGAGUUAUGAGAUCUCCUCUCGAGUGUUAGUUAGGCCAGCUGGGAUAGAGGAGAGAGCGUGUUCUACUCCUCGGGAUCAUUGGAUGCCUGUGUAUGCCCAUUAUUUGGCAGCUGGGCUUAGGUUUCCAAUACCUGAGUUGCUAGUGGGUUUGUUGUUAGAUUACAGUAUAGGGUUGACACAGUUAGUCCCCAACGCUAUGAGGGGGGGAAGUAGGAAAGAUAAGGGGUGGUAUUAUUUCACCCCUAAGAAGGCUAAGAGAGCCAACCAGAAUAAAUUUAGUUUAAAUGAGGAUGAGGAGGAAGAGGUGAGGAAGUUAGAGAGGGAGGGGGGAGAUUUAUUAAAUAUCAUGGACCUCACCAGCGCAGAAUACAUAGAAGCUGCUGAGCUCUAUGGGCCAAGCACUUUAAGUGAAGCUGAAAUGAACAAAUUUUUUGACACUGCUAGAGGAGUGGCCAUCCCCAAGAAGCCAAGGAAGAAGUCAAAGACUUCAACCAAACAAGUGGAUGAGGGGGGAAUUGGAAAGGAGGUAGUGCCCAGCACUGCAGCCGGGGUGGAGGAUGAGGUGCUAGAGCUGCAGUUGAAAAGAAAAAGUAGGGAGGAGAGAGGGGCACUACUAAAGAAGAAGAAGGUGGUGGAGGAGGAGGAGAGGGGCAGCGAGGUUCCCCAGUUCGUACCUCGGCCUCUUCCUGUUGAGCUCAACUCUGAACUCAGGGAGUUGGAGGAGGUGGAGGUACGAGCUCCCGGCAAGGGAAAGGGCCUUGUUCUCCCAUUGUCUUUUCAGAGCAGCCUGUUCGAGGCAAAGAACACAAUGGGGGCGAGGAGGUUCAUCAAUUCCACCUUCCCUGAAGUGGACAAACGUUGCGCACGGGAGGAGGCUCUUAAGUACUGUGGGGCUUCGGUGGUGAAGCACGUUUUGGAGGAGUUCGCAGAGAGUGUGAAGAAGCGCUCCCUCUUGCAAAGGCAGUGUGACCAGCUGCAGAGGGAGAAAGAAGAACUACAGAAGGAGAAGGAAGAGCUACAGAAGAAAAAUAAAGAGAUGCAAGGGGUGCUGGACGAGGUGGUUCCAGCUGUGAAGCAGCUAGAGCAGGAUAGGGCCUCCCUGAGUACUAAACUCAUCUUUGAGGAGAGCAAACGAAAGAUCUCUGAAAGCGAGCAUGAGGCUCAGGCGAAGGAGAUAACGUUGAUGAAGGAGGCUUAUGUGGAGCUAAAGAACAAUGUGCAGCUGCUGGUGCACAAUGGAAUGGAGGAGCACAUCAGCAACUUCAUUAGCUCGAGCUCAUUUGACAACAUCAUUACCUUCGGAGAGCAAGAAGCGGGAGUAGAGGAAAAUGGUGAGAGUAUGUCAGCAGACUUCCGUCCUCAGAUCAAACUGAGGUGGGAUCAUGAUGCAGACGGACGCACUGUUUUCCCUCCGAACUUCGACUUGGAGUUCGUUGCAGUGGAGGAAGAAGAGGCAGAAGUAGAGGAGGAAGAUGAUGUGGGGGCAGGAGUGGAAGGGACUGAAGUGGAUGAGAGCCAACCAGCUCCAGAAGUGGAGAUUCAUCCAGUUCCUUCUGACGAUGAGCAGCCUCCUCGAGCAGCAGCCAACACAGCCACCUCUUCCAGCUGAGCAGGAGCCAGUUCAGCCACCUUCUCCAGCAGAGAAAUAAUUUUGGUUGUUUUUUAAGUUUUCUUUGAUGUUGUUUGUGCAAAAACAAUUUGUAAUAUUUUUAUUACUUUGAAUGAAAAUUUUGAGUUGAAAUCAUAUGUUGUGUUUACUUUACAUUUUUGUUGUUUUAUAUUGAUAGAAGUACUUAGAUUAGUAUGGAUUUUUCUUGAAUGAAAGUUAAUUAUUUCG